UGAUGGUUUGUCGUGCGCUUGCGUGUCACAUGGCAUCUCUGAUGGCCUCGGUUCUCGUUUUUUCCGCCCGACAAAGCAGUUGCUUGUUAUCAAGUUGUCUGAGAAAGAUACCAAGGCGUCGUUUAAGUGGCAAUGGUAUUUUAAGAAUGAUGGGCAUUGAGGUUUCACAACGUCACAUGUCAGCAGAAGGUAGUGAAUCUAGUGAUGGGCAUCGCAAGCCGUGGCUGCUGCGCUGGUUAAAUGAUGAGACAGAAGAACAAAGAGUAAUAGAUUUGAAAGAAAAAGAAGAGAGAGAAGACAUUUUACGAAGGGUACAAGAGAUGUAUUAUGCUAAACCUCCACGGACACCAGAUCUUUCCUUUUACAAGGAAGCAUUUCAGUGUCUAAUGAAAUAUGACGACAGGCCUGGUGUACGUAUUCUGUGGUCUUUCAUGGCUGAGGAGAAGGUUGUACCUGAUGAUGAACUAGAACAACAGGUAAAUGAUUUCCUUGAGAGAACAAAGAAGACUCAGUGGCUUGAGUUAUAGAUGCUCUUGCUCUUGUUGUUGAGACAAGACAUUUUGUCUUAACAACAAGAAUAAUCACUAGGGAAUCUAUUUAUCUUCCUAUACGUGUUUGCCGUUCAGUACAAAUUUUGUCUACCCUGCAGUAUAUAAACGCCUUUGUAAAUAACCUACUAGGUCAAUGAAAAGUGUCAUCUCACACUAAGC